AUGUCUAGCGAAAGCAUUUUAGAAGAUUACAAAAAAAUCAAAUAUUUUGCAAUUUUUCCAGCUCUCAAUGUUGCACGCGUUGGUAACUCUGAUGAAUAUUAUGUGGGAUCUGAAAUUCCCGGAGUAUAUGUUGGAAAGGGAGAUGAAUCUUUCCUCUUCAAGGAUAGUAAUAACAAAGUAAAACCACAAGCUGCAAGGUUCAGAAUUUAUGGUUAUGAUGAAAGACAUCGUCCUAUACGGGAAAUCAAACUCACUGAUGCUGAUGCAUGUUCUGAUGUGAAAAUAAAAAUUACUUGGAAUGUCGAACUCGCUAAUAAGAAAGCAGCACAUACACAAUUUUCUGGUAUCUUAAAAUAUAAAGAAAGCGAUCCUAAACGAAAUGCUAAAUGGCCUUAUGAUAGGUCUACACUUAUGGCAAUAACAAGGGGAAGCCUAUCCUCUGAUGAAGAACAAAAAACAAAAGAAUUAACGGCAAACGUUUAUCGUCAUAGCAACAACAAUAACAGCGGGAAAGAGCUCCAUUUAGGCAAACUAAUACUUGAAAAUACCGGAAGUUUACUAGUUAUUGGUGGAAAAGGAGAGUCGGGAAGUGUCAAAGAUGGUGCCUUAAUCACUCAGUAUGCAAACAACGAUUAUUGGUACGAUGACACUUCUGAUGGUUCCAUAGAUGCUACUGUUGAAAUUGGUAUAGACUCAACCUCGAUGACCACGAUCCAGAAUAGAGAGGGCAAAUCAUGGAUCCUUGUUGCGCCUCCAAAAUACGCUCCAGGUAUUCGUAACCUGGUACCAUUAUAUCAAAUUAUAUCAGAAACACAGCACCCUGUCGAUCCAGAACAUCCAAUCGAUCCAGAAGUUGUAUUCGAUCUAGAUAAUCGAGUUGAUCCUGAAAAUCCAAAGAUGGCCUUCAAGGGUCAUGGCUUGCAUAAGCAAGGUGACUUUUUAAAUCCUGACAUGGAAAAACAUUUGAAAAAUCCCAGAGAUAAUAUAAAUAAUAAGGACUUGAGGAAUAACAUUCUCUCUCGCGUCCGGAUACCUAAAUAUCUAGCAUCUUCAGCCGAAUUUAACGGGCAAGCUUAUGAUUAUUUUAUGCCACCUUUAUCUGGGAAUGAUGGAGAUACUAUACCUACUGCUCCAGAUACAUAUUUGACUGUUAGUCGCGGUCAAUAUAUUUUAUUGCAAAAAUGGGCCGAUGGAGAUUUUGAGGAAGGAAAGCCGCCAAAAGAAUAUUAUUACAAAUUUGAAAUGAAUGAUGCGAAUUAUCCUCAAUAUGUUGAAUGUAAAAAGAAUUAUAAAUUUGAAGAAAUUGUUCCUAAUGUUCUUGACCAAAUUAAAUGUCUUAACAAAGCUGCGCUUCAAUGGUGUGUUGGAGGUGCAUUCUUUCCUGGAAUUGAAAUGACUUACCUCUCUUAUGACAAAAAUACAUUCGAAGAAAAAUAUGAUUUCAGAAUCAAUGAUAAAAAUAUAGGCCCUGGUGAUAUUAAUGCAUUUAUGGCUUUACCCUGGCAAGCCGAUUUUUACGAAUGUAAUACGCAUUGGUGGCCAGCACAAAGACCCGACAUAACAAUUCCAUACUCAGACGAACGAAAAAAAGACGUUGAAAAGUAUGGUGUUAGUUUAGAUUACUUUGAGGAUUGGACUCGUGGAUUUAGAACCGAUGAACCAAACAGAGGCAUGCCCAAAUGGGGCGACAUGGAUAUGGCUAAUAAAUGGGACAGGCAAGUUAGAAAUGUAUUAUUGGGUUUUAUUGUUGAAAAACAACUGGAAGGCGAAAAUAAAGCAUUCUUUGAAGUAGAACGCAACGACAUUUUCAAAGUAGAGAUGAAUACUGUAGAUGAAAAAGAAAAUAAAUUCAAUCUAGAUGAUCUCCAUGAGAUGCUUAAAAUUGCGAUGAUGGUUGAAAUCUCUACUAUUCCAGCAUAUCUUUACGCUUUAUACUCGAUAAAACCUGGAACUGAAAUUGGUGAUGAAGUGAGGGCUCAAAUUCGGCAUGUCGCUGCAGAGGAAAUGUUACAUUUGUCGCUUGUGGCGAAUCUUAUUACUGCCAUUGGACGACAACCCAAAUUUUAUUCCCAAGAAAUGAUUCCUUUCUAUCCGAACCCUCUUCCACAUAUAAAACAAGGCUCACUUAUUAUCCAUCUUUCAAAAGCAAAUAAAAUUACUCUCGAAACUUUUAUAAAUAUUGAAAAACCUGAUCCUGAUCAAAUAACAAAUGUGGGAAUAGAUGAAGAUGAAAUCAAUGCCGAUAGUAUUGGCGAUCUCUAUGAUGGUAUUAAAAAAAUCUUUAAAUUUCUCGAUAAACAAAACAAAAUUAAAUAUGAUACGCUAUUUCAGCUUGGACCCGGAAUGGGUUACGCACCCAGUUCUGGUGAUAAAAAUUUUGAAGGAUUAAUUCUUGUCAAGGAGUGUGCUGAUGCUAUAAAAGCUAUUAAUUUGAUCAUUCAUCAGGGUGAAGGGGGUAGGUGCAUUGCUGAAAAAAUAAAGGCUACGGUCAAUGUAAAAAUUAAUGGUGAAAUCAAAGACGGAAGCAAAGUAAAAAUCCAAGGUGGUAAAAUAACUGGAGAAAUUUAUGGAAAAGUAUUAGGAGAAAUUAAAGGAAUUAUUAAGGGAACUGUCGACGAUGAACCAAUUUUAAUAAACGAUAACGAUAAAGUACCUGUAAUUAACGGUGGAGUGAUUAACAAUGGAGAAAUCGAUGAUUCACAUUAUGCAGUAUUUAGCUAUUGUUUAAGUGAAAUUGAAAGUGCAUCUGAAUCAGACUAUCAACUCUGGCCUGUUGUGGAUGAUCCAAACGCUACAAAUUACACCAACCCACUUACUCAAGAUGAAGUAUCAUAUGCUGAUCCAAAUAUUGUCACUACUCUCAUCGCUUUCAACGCUGCCUAUUCUUAUCUUAUGCUCUUAUUACAAGCUGUUUGGAGAACUGAUGGACAAAAGAAAAAAAUGUUGAUAAUGGGAGGAAUGCCAGCACUUAUGCAUGGUGUUUUAAAACCCAUUGCAACAUUUCUUGCUAAAACUCCCGUCUCUAAUGAUAUGAAUGCAGGUGCCAGCUUUGGCUAUUAUGAAUUUGACAACAAAUCUAGUCCAAAAGACCAACUAAAAAAAGCUGUUGAAGCAGCAUCUAAAGCUUUUUCAUAUAGUGAUGAAUUAGGUAAUGCAGUGACAGCAGUUGAUGCACUACCUGAUGUAUCGCAAGAGGUUUUUUUAUUACUAUGA